AUGAAAGACAGCGGCCCUUCAGCCCCCCGCUGGGCUCUCCUCUCCCCAGCAGCCGCUCCCCCGAUCCUCACCUUCAACGAGCCCUCCAUGGAUCUCCACGUCCUCUCCCGCACCGACUCGCACAACAGCUCAGAUCUUCAGCCUCCACCGCCAUAUCCACUGCUCCCACAGCCGGAGAUUCAGCCCAGACAACCAAUCAACGCAGGCGAAGCGUGUUCCCCAGAGGGCCAAUGGAACUGCAUGACGACUUCGUGGCAGCGCUGCGCGAGCGGUUCAUGGAGCGGCGUCGUCUCGUGUGCGAUGGGAACGAUAUGCCAGCCUUUUGGUUUGACGGACUACAUCACCAUUGAGCAUACUGCGACUUCUGAUUCCAACGAUGGCGAGGCUCAUCAGGAGGAUAACGGGCAUGCGAGUGGUGGGAGAAAAGGGGAUGUGCGUGGGAAGAGCGGCAAGAGUAGUAGUUCUGGGAUGAGGAACUCGCCGGUGGAAAGACUGAAGAUGAGAGGCAUGCAUGUGUUGGUGGGAAGGCCAUUGAGCGUGUCUGGUCUUGCUCCCCAGAGGUUUAAUGCGUGGAUGCAUGGGAAUGCUUCACAAGAUGGAUUCGGGCUUGAACCAUUAACAACUGUCCAUGUUUGCUAG